AUGGUGGAGUUACACCUGUCAAUUUUGCCAAAGUUGGAGAAGGAUGCAGAGGCUGUAGUUCGCCGGAUAGAUGUUUUACUCGCAUCAUUAAAAUCUUCAUUAAGUCAGGAGGAAGCUUUGAUGAAAUUUGGUUACUUUUCUAGUAUGGAAAUGUCUACCUACGUACUGAUGGCCAAGUGUGAAGAGCUGUCUAAAUCAGUGUCACAGCUUGAACCUUUGAAAAAAGAAAUUGAAAGUAUAAAACGAACUCUAAGUAAAUUUGAAGAGACAUUGUUCACAUCAUCAAAAUAG